UCUCUCCCAUUACAGAAAACGUCCAUUCGUGCUCACCGAGGCGUGGACAGCGACAGCUCCUUGGACAAACGAGGAACCGGACCACCCGGACACGCCCGGACCCAAAAGGAGAAACUUUUUAAUGGAAACGCCAAGUGCAACUUUAUCGUUCAACUAUGUUUAAUCGCCAAAAUGAUACAGUUCUGCUUAACAGUUCUGCUCCUGCUCGUCUCGCCCGUCCUGAGUGCUGACUGGAGCGCGAGUUGCGCGGCCGGCUGCACCUGCAAGUGGUCCAACGGGAAAAAGUCCGCGCUGUGCAACGCCUCCGGCUUCGGGGCGAUCCCGGCGAACCUGUCGGCGGAGCUGCAGGUGCUGGUGCUGAAUGAGAACCGGAUCGCGGUGCUGGAUCGGGAGGUGUUUACGGGGCUGGGGCUGGGCAAUCUGCAGCGGAUCCACUUGAAGAGGUCGGGGGUGCGGCGGGUUGAUUCGGGCGCGUUCAGCAAUUUGAACAUCUUGAUUGAGGUGGAUUUGAGCGAGAAUGAGAUUGAGGAGUUGGACCGGAGGACGUUUGCGGGGAAUAACCGGUUGAGGAUCAUCAAUUUGAGCGAGAAUCCGCUGAAGGUGCUGGUGGCGGACCAGUUUCCGGUGUUGCCGUACCUGCGGAACAUUGACCUGCAUGGGUGCGAGUUGAGGGAGGUGGCGGAGACGGCGUUUUCGAAUCUGGAGCUGUUGGAGUUUUUGGAUUUGAGCAGGAAUCGGUUGGAGGGGUUGCCACGGUACGUGUUCAACCAUAUGAAGAAUUUGAAGACGCUGAUGUUGGAGGAGAAUCCGUGGCGGUGUGACUGUCGGUUGCGGGAGUUCCGGAGCUGGUACGUGGGAUCGACGCAUCGGAAGAGCUUGAGCUGUACGGCGCCGUUUGGGCUGAAGGAUGCGCCGUGGGAGACGGUGCCGGAGGAGGACUUUGGAUGUAUGCCACAGCUGGAGAUCUACAGGGACGAUGCGACGGACAUUGAGGAUCUGGGGGCUAACAUCACGUACCGAUGUGUGGGGUACGGGGAUCCGGAGCCGGAGGUGGUGUGGGAUCUGAAUGGGAAGAUCGUGGACCAGGAUAACAUGAUGACGGAGAACGAGCGGAUGGUGAAGUUCGACGGGAAUGUCACGCUGUGGAGUAAUCUGACGAUCCUGAACAUUACGAGUAACGAUUCGGGGUAUUACACGUGCACGGCGAGGAACAAGAUCGGCUUCCUGAGUAAAAACUUCAGCUUGAUUCUGCCGGAAGUGGUCGAGCGGGUCAUCAUCAAGACGCCGGAGACGUUCUGGUACUUUGGGCUGAUCCUGGGGAUCUUCGGGACGAUUUUUGGACUGUUGUCCCUGUCGGUGGUGAUCUGCCUGUGCAAACGAAAGCUCCGAACCCGACGACGGAAGAAGAACAUCAAAAGUAGCGUCAGCUUCAACGACCAGGAGAAGAAACUGCUCGACCUGAGCAUCACGACCAACGAGCGGCAGGAGUUCAGCGCCAGCGACGUCAUGACCCCCUCCACCAAGACCGACUCCACGAUCGCGAUGGAACCGGUCCAAAUUACGAUCGAAUCGAUCGCCAAGCGGGAAGAGUUCCCCCUGAACGUCGGCGUCUUCCCGCCCCCACCCGAGUUCUGCUCCCAGAUGGUCCCGAACCCGGCCUACGGGAACAUCUUCAUCUCGGUGUCGGUGACGGCGCAGGACGCCCUCGACAACCCGGACCUGAACAUGUACCCGGACCUGCUGAACAUCCCCAAUCGAGCCACCUCCAAGCCGGGCAAGCUCAUCCCGGUCAACGUGUCCUCGUACGCAACGCUACCUCGCAAGAACCCCCGCCACCAGGUCGGAACACCCUCCGGCAGCAGUCAACCGCCCUCGUUAACGGCGGUCCCACCACCGACCAUCCCCCAGCAGCACGCCCCGACGCCCCCUCCGGACAGCAUCGUCAAUUACUCCAACAUCGAAGAGUCCUGCGAAAUCACCGGCCUCGGCAGUCCGGUCCCGGCCCCACCCCAAACCAUGUGCCAGGAGUGCAUCAAGCUGAUCAACGCCGGCCGGCCCCUCAGUCGAUUCUCCCGGGCGGAACUCGUCCGGCGGUGCGAAAACAGCAGCUUCCCCUGCCUCAAGUACGACAACAUGGGCCGGAGGUACACGGCGGCCGGCAACUCCACCCUCUCCCUGCCCGGGGAGGACCCCGCGGCGGGGCUCGAGCAGGAGAGCAUCUUCAUACAGUCGCCGCCACCGCCGCAGUCGACGGAGUGUGAAACGAUUGCGGAGGUGGCCGAGCCGGUCACGCCGACGGCCGGACCCAGCCACCAGACGACGACGGCGGCGAUUUUCGUCACCGGAAAUGACUUUGUUUCGCUGUAGUGAUUUUGAGGUAUUCCUGUUCCGACGACGGCUCCACGCGUGAUAGUACAAACCGGAAGUAAGAGCCCCUUUUUCCCCAUAAUGAUUAAGUUUUUCUCAU